CCGGAAUACGGCGGUGGCCGAUGGUGGGGUGAAAAAGUGAAUGAUCCAUAGACGCCGGUACCGUUGUGUGCUCCGGCAGAGAGGCUUGUGUCGGUGUGUAAAACGUACUGUACGUAUGGGAGGGAAUGGGAUUGUAGUGAAACGAUGGGAAACGUCAAAGGCGCUGGUGGGGUCGUAGCGGUUACAGAAGUGGGGUGCGGAUUGAGGUUCGGCUUCGGAAAUGGCCGCGGGAAAGUAGAGAGCGUUACGUCGUCUGGCUGGCGAGCCGAAGUUUUUCGUGUUGCGAGCGCUCAUUUACCCGGCGCUUCGGGCGAGCGAUCACCAAUUCCGCCAGCGAAUCACAAAGGCUGGCUGCGAUGCUGUGAAAAAAAGUAAAAAGUCUGGCUCGACUCGCGAACAUCGUGCGGCGGCGUACGACACGGCACGGCACGGCACGGCUAAUCCGGUCUGGUCUUGGUAAGAGUCGCGAUGCUCGAACCGGUGUCACGAAAAGAUCAGUGCGGGCGGUCGUGCACGAGGAUGCUCGACGACGACGGUGCUCCGCUGAACAAUGAGAUCCUUGGUACGGACGGAGAGGGGCAGAGCGGGCAGAGUGCGUCAGUGCGGAGGGAACCGCAUUCCAGAGUGGGCGGCAUCCUGGAAUGCGAUCCACCCGGUAACAAGAAUUCGCCGAGCGAACGAGCCUGUAGUGACGGUGACGACGACGACGAUCGUUCCACUGUGAGCUUCGAAACCGUGAUUGGCAACAACUGUAACGGCAACGGAGGCGUUGGUACAGUGAUUGCCGGCGAUAACGGCUCUCUGUGCCGAUAUGCUAUCGGCACUGCCAAUACUGCUAUGUCUUUCAUCGAGUUUUCUCAGAUUCGUCUACAACAUCUCUUCCCGCAAUCAAUUUCGUCCCCGCGGUACAAUCUUUGUGUGGAUUCAAUAGAACGUACGGCAGAAUGUUUAGCCAACGACGUUAUACGGUACCUAUUGAAGGAAGACAUUUAUCUUAUAUCACGAGACCCGGUUUCUCGUAGCAUGAGACACAAUGUCUAUCAAAUGUUGAACAAGCACAGUAUUCUAUUCGCGAGUAUGGUGAAUCGUUUGAACGUAACGCCGGAUACGGCAUACGAGGCGUUCAUGGGAGUCGCGGACGAGCUGUUCUUGCACGGCGGUGUCACAUGGGCAAGAAUUGUCUGUCUGUAUGCAUUCAUGGGCAGGCUCGCUCUCUGGGCCCGAGCUAAACGAAUGCAUGCUUUAAAAAAGAAAUUGCCGUUAUAUGUCUCCAGAUUUAUUGGCGAAAAGGUUGCACAUUUUAUCAAAGGAUACGGCGGAUGGGAGCAACUAUGUAUAGAGUACCCCGUCGCAGAGGAGAUAAGCGGAGCAAUUUGGAGAAGUCUUCUAAUGACAGGUGCUACACUCGGUUUGGUCGCGACCAUUUUAACGGUGACCUCCUGAUACACCCUUAUAAAUUGACACGCGUACAGGGUAUGUCAUUCGCGAGGUCUUUCUGCGUACUUAUGUUCUACCAAAAUGCUUUUAAACAUAAUUUGCCGCAAUUUGUAUUGACGGUUUCACAUUAGUACUGAGAGUGAAAUUAUAUACAGAUUGUAAACUAUCUUUCGUUAUACUCUUAAAAUAAGUACAGGAGGUGAAUCAAAUCUCAACCUUGUAACCUGCACAAUUUUCAUAUCAAUGUUUAGGAUCGAACAGUUUAGAAUUGUCCUAUUUUUUAUAUAAGUGUAAUAUGAAUGAAUGGUAAUGAUACAUGUUUCCUAUUAUAUUCGUACUUUGUAAUAGCUGCAGCUGAAUGAAUUAGUUGAAUUAGCGAAGGAAGAAUCUUAUUUAACAGUAAUUUAGAUGUUUCGUGUUAUCGAAGUAACUAUAUAUGUAAUACUCAAAAUUGAUGUUUCAGAUAUUUAUACCAAACGAGAAUCUCAAAAUUACAUUGAAUUUAGGUAGAAGCAAUCUAAAUGUAUUUAUUUAUAAUUUAUUCUAGGUAGAAAAUAUAUUAAUAAAUUUCUUUGUCAAUCAAAGACCACAACAA